AUGGCUGUCAGGGGGACGCUCACUCAAUACUUCUUCCUUCUUGGGCUUGAAUAUACAUCUGCAACAUUUACAUGCACUUUCAUCAACAUGGUGCCCGUAAACACAUUUAUUAUGGCAUUGCCAUUUGGGCUAGAGAAACCAAACAUGAAAAGCAAGAAGGGGAGAGCCAAGGUGUUAGGCACACUGGUUUGUGUUGGUGGAGCCUUGUUGCUGACACUUUAUCGAGCUAUGCCAUUAACGGACCUGCCAGUACAAACAGCUAUAAUUCACAGAACAGAUCAUAGCACAAAGAGAUGGGCCCUUGGUUCAGUAGUUCUGAUUGCAGGCAGCCUAUUGUGGUCUUCAUGGUUCCUUAUACCCAUUUCAAUACUCUAGCACUGCCAUUAUGUCCUUCUUCAGUGCCAUCCAGUCGGCCAUCUUAAGCCUUGUGAUUGAGAGGAACUGGAAUAUUUCUGGAUGGGUGUUCAAGGGAAA